AUGUCUGUACUCCCUCCCCCGUUUCUUCCCAUCGAGAUCAUCCAAGAGUUUGCCAGAUGUGUUCUUUACCUCCAUAUCGCUGCCGCUUUCGAUGCAUAUGCCCCGCCGGGAGACCUGUCUCUACUAAGACCUGUCGCAUCGCAAACCCGCUGCACGGACCCCUGUCAGGACCCAACGUACCCAACUUGCAUUCAAGACGGAGUGCAUGCAAUUCACAGCGCUAGUCGGGAUGAUCGAAGAGUAGACCGCAUUCAUGCUCUGGUGGUCGAGCAAGUGCGAGGGGCUAGGUGUUGUGUGAAGCGGCCGACUGCUCGUGCGCUAUUUCAGGAUGCGCGCAAGUUGAUCCUCGUCUCUAAGACUUGGCGCGACGCCGUAAGCCAGGACCCGCAACUGUGGCCGCGGGAUGAGGAGAGCAAAUUCUUGCCCUAUGCCCAGGCGCAGCGCGUCCUCUUCCCUGCUCGUGGCAUUCGCAACGACAACACGACUGCCUCCUACCUCGCCCUCGAUCCUCUCUGUUCUUGUGCUUUCAACUCUCUACACCGCGAGUGGUUGUCUCCCUUCACACAUGUUAGCAUCGCUUUACCGCGCCUAUGCUGUAAGCCAGGGGAACAAGACAGUUACGGGUCGUUGACGUUCAUCAACCAUAUUGCCCACGCCCAGAACUUAACAUAUAUUGAGUUACGCUGCGCGUUUCCCACGAGUAUCAUGGACACUGAAGGCGGUCCUUUGAUCAUGCCUCAUCUAGAGGUUGCUCGACUGAUUAACUGCGAGUAUCUCCUCUCCGGGCCCAAGUUGCGGGUAUUAUACUUCACCGCUUUCUUUUCUGAGGUACUUCCGCUGGAAUACCUUUUGGAAGGGCUCGCACAUAGCCCUGCGCUCGAAGUUCUACAUAUUCGAACGGCAGACUUCCUCAAGGUCGAAGAGGAGGAGGAGGAUGGCACUGAGGAUCCGCACAUUGAGAACUCUCUCCCACCUGCCGUUGCACUACCGCAUCUUCGCCACUUGUCUCUCUCGCUGGCACCUGAUGCGCAUAGCAAGCUAUUUCAUAUGCUUGACUUGUUACCAGAAGUGGAAGUUCACCUUGAAGGGGCCCGUGGGGGCAGCACAUACACAGACAUCGAGCUUGGACUACGACAACUCGUCCCGUCUUUGUUUAUGCCUGGAAUGGCGCGUCAAGUCGUCCAGAAUGGCCCAUCGUUCUAUAUGGCUUCUGGCGUACCUGACCAGCUGGGGACUGCCUGGAGGCAGUACCCAGUCAUUGGUUUUGACAUCGGUCUUGAUCGUUCGCGCAAAGGCGAUGCACCUCCCUCCCGUUAUCCUCCAGAGUUCGUUCGAGUUAUCCUCGCCGGCGAGAUUGAAGAUGCCCUUCGCGGCAUGUUGGACGCCUCACAAGAUGCUGCCGCGAUCACCCGGAUUCCUGCAAACCACCUCCCACGUCGUUCAUUGAGCUCCCGUCGUCACAGCACACGUGUCUAUGCGCUUGGCCCAUCCUGGGACACCGAUACCGAUGCCAUACGAAGAGAGCUCCUGUCAAUCACGAGCUCUCUACGACUAUACAAGACAUUGCGUCCGGGAGCAACACUCGUCCUGGGCACUGCUUCUUAUAUUCCUCGGUCGCCGAUUGAAUGGUAUCGCUGGCUUGCGAACUGCCAUCCACGCGCACUGGUUAUACCGGGAGCCACGACUGGUGCAGGUAGAGAGCCAAUCAGUCGAGGAGUUAUGGAGCUAGAGGCACUGGCAACGUUGUUGAGGGAUGGCAUCAAGGUGGAGAACAAACGUCGAUGGAUUCGCCGCCUCAAGUCGAUCAGUGUAUCAUCUGCAUGUUUGGGAGAGCGCCCUCAGCAGGAACUUACAAGGCUUACACGCAUAGGGACUCCGAGCAAAGAUGUACUUGCCAAAUAUGGUCUAGAUGCAGUGGAGUGGUGCUUUUACGAGGACAAGGUCUUUUCAACGGGUCGGUACAGCCUGUGA